AGACAGAGACGGCACCGGUGAUCCCUCUUCAUGGACGAGCAGAGCUCCAUAUCUCUGUAUCGACAGAGAUUGUAACUACCUCGAGAACCACGCAGAGGCCUGCGAAAAAGCUCCCUACCCUUGAAAUCUGCCUUUACGACGGCCUUGUCCAUCACCGUCAGUUGUCCUGUGAAAAAAAGACGGCGCACUGCAUUUGAAUAUUCGAGUCACAAUUAUAAAGCUCUACACCUCUGAGCUGCCCCGCUUAUCUUCGCCUUCUGCAAGUCUCGAGUCUGGGGCUGCAGAGAUCAUCCAACCAAUGAACCCUGCAUGUGAAAUUACCGACAAACUCUUGGAGAACAUACAAGAAACACCCCAGCACUGUCGUCGCACCGAAAAUCUAUCCCACGCAAGUAACACGAUGGAGGAGCAUAGAGCCGACGUAGUCAAAGACAUCAAGGCGGUUCCACGAGUCUCUCUUGAAUACUACGAGCGAUAUAUUCUUCCUCACACUGCUUAUCGAGACUAUGUGGGCGAUAUCGUCGAUGUUCUCAAGGCUGAUGGCAUCCUGAAGGCCUUUGGAGGUGAAUCUGGAUUGCGAUGGGCAGAUUUUCCUAAUGACCCCAAGGACAGCUGCGUUACAGAAAAUGAAUGCUUUAAGUAUAUGGCGACUAUUUCUGCAGCUAUCGUUAAAGCUGCUCAGAAGGUCCUUCCUGGAGAUCGACAACCCACAACAGUAAUGGAGUGUGAACCUCACAAACCAGCUGCUUCAGAAGGGCAUAAUGGUUUAUUCGUCGCUGAUGGGCACUAUAGGCUCCUUCAGUCUAAGAGUCCGAAGUAUGUUCAGAACAUGAGGUCUAGUACUGUUAUGGACACACCUGCCCUCACCAGCCCAAAAACUGAGAAACUGGCUUGUGAUCAUCCAGCCCUAGAAGAGUAUAAACAAGAUAAUCAGACUAAGGACCAGAAUGACAACAUCGCAAAAUUGAUUGGAAAUACAUCUCAGACCAUGUAUGCUGACCCCACUCGCCGCUUCAUGUUUGGAACAACCAUUGAAAAUACAACGACUCGUUUCUGGUUCUUCUCUCGAGCGAUCAUCCUUGUGACCAAAUCAUUUAACUUCAUCAAGGACUACGCCCAUUUGAUCCAUUAUGUACUUUCUCUGUCCUUUGCAAUGGAGGAAGAACUUGGCUAUGAUCUCUCUAUUACUCGAGUUGCCUAUUUCCCGCAUGAAAAUCCCUCAGCGCAUACCAUCCAGUACGACUACAGUAUAGGCAGCAAUACCUACCGAACUAUCAAAUGCCUUAGCUCCUUCCGUGCAAGUGGUCUUUUGUCCCGUGCGACCCGAGUAUGGAAGGUUUUUCAGCUUAAUGAUCCACAGUACCGGGAAUGUGUCCUCAAAGAUGUUUGGGUACCCUCUGAUGCCAAAACGGAACUCGAAAUACAACAAGAUAUAUUUCGUGGUAUCGAAGAGAACAAUCCAGGCAUCAGUAAAGAUUACCAGAAGCAUUUCAUGGAGAUUUUGCAGUGUGAGGUGGUGCAGACUUCCCAGAAACGUGAUGAUGACAUGCCUCUGUUCGUACGCACAUCUUUGGAGACCAUUGGUGAAUUCGCUCUUCACAGACAGGAAAUGGCUAGCCCUUCUCGAACUAUCCUGGGAACAAAUAUUUCUGUGCCUAUGGGAGCUGGCCUUGGUAAUCCUAAUGCAGAUUCCAAUCUUAAGCUGCCACAUCUGCACAAAGGCAGGAAACAUGUUCGAGUCAUAUUUGCAGAUGUUGGAGUGCCCCUCAGUGAAGUUUGGCAGCUUCAUAUCUUGUUCAAUGCUCUCGGUGAUGCACUAAAAGGUCUCUAUUACCUUUACAAGGGCUAUUACGUUCAUCGUGAUAUCUCUGCUGGCAAUAUCAUUCUCUGUAAUGGAAUGGGCAAGAUAUCUGACCUUGAAUAUGUGAAGAGAUUUUUGUCUCAUGGCCUACAGAAUGACCCGAAAACCGGAACACCCAUCUACAUGUCAGUAGAAGUGCAAGAAACGAGGUACCUCUUCGCUCGCACAAAACAUCUAUUGCCUGAAUUUGGUGGGCCAGUUUCAGAACAAGAUAUGGCACCCUUUUUACACAAUUAUCUGCACGACAUCGAAUCUCUCUUCUGGAUCGGCUUUCACUCACUGUUCUCAACAACCCCGGCAAUAUAUACUAAGAAGGAGUUGGCUCAACGCGACCGGCAACGCCAAUUGUUCAAUGCCUUCUUUCCACACUGUCUUGAAGGAGGUUUCGAUCGACGCCAUCUCUUUCAAUUUGCGGAGUUCCAGGAUACAAAGGAAGCACUUCCUGCUGAAUACAGGCCCUCCAUAAAAUGGCUCAUUCAUAUUCGCUUCAUCCUUGCUUACCACUAUGACAAAGUGGAAAAUCUUCCAGACUUUCCUCGGCAUGAACAUUUCAAUAAGGUUUACAGUACUGAGCAGCGUAACAGUAAUCUGUUCCUAGCCUUUGAAGCUGCUGCGGAGGCGGCAUACAGUGGCGGGAUCCAACUGCUAUUACCCGAUGAAGCUGAUAAACCGAUCAGUAUUAAUCAACCACAAGGAGUCCUCGUCUUUGGAGAGAACAGUGCAGAAGGUGAUAGAGAUGAUGAUCAGAUGUAUGUUGACGAUAGUUUAGAGCACUCAGGACAUCAAAAUGACAGAGAACCUCCGUACAAAAUGCAAAGGAAGAGCGGGAGGGCCAAGCAGAGGAAGCUUAACGGGUAUGCUCAGUCUAUUGAACAGGAAUCUCCAGAAGGUAUUCACAGCACGGGGAAAAGAAAGAGAUCUUUGAGAUUGCAUGGUGUCUCAGUUACGUAGCCAUUUGUUUGUGUUGUGGAACUGAAGAAAUUCAAUUUAUGAAUUUGG